AUGGAAAACGUUGUCGUUCGUUAUAAUUUCAACUGUGAUGGUGAGCUGAUAGGCAUCCCGGAGAAAUACUCUUCUUUGGAUGUGACGAGGGUUAUGCUCACCGUCGACAAGAACAAUGGAAGUCCGUUCACUUUUACCCAACCAUAUGUAAUUGAAGCAGGCGGCAAGAAAUUGGAAGCGAUCUCAGUAGGGACAUACUAUUCGUUCUACGAACUUCCCACAGCCAAUGUGACUUAUAUUCAAGUGGUCUCUCCGACGUCUGGGUUAAUCUGUUCUCUGAGGGCAUUCGUCGGUUCGGAUAGCACGAUGCUUCUGAGCUACACGGACAAUUCAGCCAUCGAUAUUGGGAGUGCUGUUCGCUAUAAAGGUGUCCCACAGCUCACUACGGGUCUUCCAAUCGGGUUUCCGGCACCCACAGUGAUACAGAUGCAACCUAUCGAUCCAAGUGAUGGAAUGCCUCUUGGAGCUGUUUUGUUUGACAGUACAUUCAGUUCUUCGACGGUAAUAAAAUGGCGACCCGUGUGCUACCCAGUUACUGUGCACUACUCGGCUUGCCAACAUACACAUUCUGCUGUUUAUAGUGCCUCCUGUCUCGUCGCUAGAAAAUCAAGCCGGCAAGGAAAUUGA